AUGCCGUUGCUGCGCUUGACUUCGGGCACUUUUGGACAACUGCGUACCUUCGCUACGUCAGCGACCCUUGGGAAGAGAAUAAAGACGUUCGCGGUAUACCGCUGGAACCCUGACGAGCCCGACAAGAAGCCCUACACGCAGAACUAUGAGGUAGAUCUCGAUGACUGUGCACCUAUGGUACUCGAUGCAUUGCUCAAGAUCAAAAAUGAAAUGGACCCCACGCUUACCUUCCGCCGAUCGUGUCGCGAGGGCGUAUGCGGUUCCUGCGCCAUGAACAUCGACGGGGUGAACACCCUCGCCUGCAUCAGUCAUAUAGACAAGAACCUCUCGAAACCCACCAAAAUCUACCCCCUCCCCCACAUGUACGUCGUUAAGGACCUAGUGCCUGACUUGAGCAACUUCUACCGUCAGUAUCAGUCCAUAGAGCCGUGGCUGCAGCGGGAUAAGGAGGCCACCAAAGGUAAGGAGACACAGUUGUUGCAGGAUGUGGAGGAUCGCGCCAAACUGGACGGCUUGUAUGAGUGUGUGCUGUGUGCGUGCUGUUCUACCAGCUGCCCUUCGUACUGGUGGAACGGCGACAAGUACCUAGGUCCUGCAGUUCUAAUGCAAGCGUACAGAUGGAUAAUUGACUCCCGUGAUGACGCCACAGAGAAAAGGUUGUCAAAACUGAAGGACACAUACUCUGUGUACCGUUGCCAUACAAUUAUGAACUGCACGCGCACUUGCCCGAAGGGUCUUAACCCUGGACGUGCUAUUGCACAAAUUAAAACGUUAUUAUCCGGCAUUGUUAAGAAGCAGCCACCGAUUUUGGACCCUGCAGGCUUAGAGAAGCAAGCAGCACAAAAC